AUGGGACUAUUUGAUUGUUGUUCGGGCGGCUCUGCAGCGGACAAGAACCCAACACCAAAUAGACCAGUUACUACGCAUCCACGAAAUGAUAUCAAGAAGACGAAGUCUGCGCAACUAACACAGCCAGUCACAUCUCAACCAUCAAGUUCUAACAUGGCAAACCUCUCGACCGCCGACGAGAAGAGAAGGGUCUUUGAACCAGAGCAGUCAGGUUCUGCGAACAACGCGGGCUCGAGCCAGAAUCCGCAAUCCGGAGUACCAUCGGAUAACCCUCCUCCCUAUCACAACUGGCAAGAAGCAGUACCAGAUACCUCUGUUCUACCGCCUCCACCUAGCCAAGGCUAUCUAUACUCCAACACGGGAAACGCGUCAGCAGAAGAUGCGGAACGUGCCCAUGACUUCUGUGAUAACACACCACUCUGGAUACCAUGCAAGCCCUCUCCGUCGGUAUACAAUGCCGUCAAGCAAGGCGACAUCCGGCCGGUUCGGCCCCGAGAAUAUAGCGGCCAGCUUGAUCUUGUCAGCAACGGACGCUGGAGGGGCCGCACGUUCGACAACAACGGAGACUGUAUUCUCCUUAGCGGGCUACCCUUGUACUUUGCAGCAGAAGACUCUCCGCUGCUGACCGAGGUGACGAAAACGAUAUAUUUCGAGGUGAAGCUUCUUGGACUAUAUGGCGGGACAGCGGAUCAGACACCUGGGUUUUCCAUCGGGUUUGCAGCCCAGCCGUACCCGUCGUGGAGAUCACCUGGCUGGGAGAGAGGCAGUUUGGGUGUUUUCUCUGACGACGGGUGUCGGUUUGUCAAUGAUUCUUGGGGUGGGAAGGAGUUUACGACUGAAUUUAAUGCGGGGGAAACCGUUGGUCUGGGGAUGACAUUCUCGCUAGCUCCUGAUGUUUCGAACAUGGGGAACCCGCCACAAAUACCGGUGGGCUCGAGAAAGUUCCCUUUAUGUGUCGACGUCUUCUUCACCCGGAAUGGCCAGAGAGCAGGGAAUUGGGAUCUUCAUGAAGAGGUUGACGAGGAUGCUGGCGGAAUAGGCGGUCUAGAAGGCGACUAUGACCUCUACGGCGCACUCGGGCUGUUCGGUGGUGUUGAAUUCGAGGUAUGCUUUGACCAGUCAGGCUGGCUAUGGACGCCUCCAUGA